GGGGUGCCGGGAAACGGAGUCCUUGGGCCGGACUCGCCCGGCGGGCGCUCCGUUCCUGGAAGGCUGCAGGACUACACCGUCCAGCAUGCCUCGCGCGCGCAGGCGCAGCUCCCGCCACAGGCUGUGGUAAACAGAGCCGUGAGGCUGCUGCGGCUCCGGGCCGCGACAAAGGGGCGACGCGGGGGAGCCCGGGCGCCAGCAGCGCGCGGGGAGAGGCGCGGCCGGGGAAUGGCGGAGGCCGGCGGCCUUCGCGGGGCGCGCGGCGGCUGCCGCUGAGGCGCGGGCGAGCGGCCGGGCAUGCGGGCCCCGGCGCGGCGCUGAGCCAGCGGGCCCAUGGAGGCUCCCGAGCCGGGCCCCGAGGCGGGCGGCGGCCCCGGGGGCAGCGUGGAGAUCGACCCGGACUUCGAGCCGCAGAGCCGGCCCCGCUCCUGUACCUGGCCCCUGCCCAGGCCCGAGCUCUCGGCGGCGCAGCAGGAGGCGGGGGGCCCGGCGGCGGCGGAGGAGGAGGGGGCCGGUGGGGCCGCGGCGGCGGCGGGGCCCGGGCGGGCCGAGGGGGCGCGGGGGCCCGGCGCGGCGGCGGCGCGGAAGGGCGGCUCCCGGCGCAACGCCUGGGGGAACCAGUCCUACGCGGAGCUGAUCAGCCAGGCCAUCGAGAGCGCCCCGGAGAAGCGGCUGACGCUGGCGCAGAUCUACGAGUGGAUGGUUCGCUUCGUGCCCUACUUCAAGGACAAGGGCGACAGCAACAGCUCGGCCGGCUGGAAGAACUCUAUUAGGCACAAUUUAUCCCUGCACAGCAAGUUCAUUAAAGUGCAUAAUGAAGCUACAGGGAAGAGUUCUUGGUGGAUGCUCAAUCCUGAAGGUGGUAAAAGUGGGAAAGCACCAAGGAGGAGAGCUGCCUCCAUGGACAACAGCAGCAAACUGGCAAAAGUCAGAGGUAAAGCAUCCAAAAAGAAGGCCUCACUCCAAGCAGCUCCGGAAGCUACUGCCGACAGCCCUGGCUCCCAGUUCUCCAAAUGGCCUGGGAGCCCAUCAUCAAGGAAUAAUGAGGACUCCGAUGUGUGGACCAGUUUCCGGCCUCGAACCAGUUCCAAUGCGAGUACCAUUAGUGCCAGGCUCUCUCCUAUCAUGCCUGAGCAGGACGACCUCCCAGAUGAAAAGCUUCUUCCUUCUCUAGUGUACUCCAGUGCAUCCAGCAAUGUCCCACCGACUGUGACUGAGGAGCUUGAACUCAUUGAUGGGUUAAACCUGAUGUCACCCAGUUCAUCUAUGCUGCCCACCCAGCAGUCUGCCUCAGGUGGUCCAGUCCAGAGAGAUUCCAGCUUCUCUUUGAGGACCCAGAAUUCAGCUGGUCAGGCCUCUACUUUUGGCACCUCUCUGUUUAACCCUGUUGAUAUCUCGCUGCAGAGUUCUGUUAACUGUUUCUCUGGCCCUCAGACCCUGGAAGCUCUCCUGACAUCCAGUUCUCCACCUCCCAGUGAUGUGAUGAUGACUCAGGUGGAUCCGAUACUCCCACAGACUGGAAGCAGGCUAAACAGCCAGACUUUUCUGCUUCUAGGUGGACAAGUCACCCAGAAUAAAACAAGCCCAGUCAAUGCACGAGGAAAGCCUUUGGCGCAGCAGUCAGAGUCAAUAGGGGCCAGUGCUUUGCCAUCUAUGCUUUCUGUGGUGGCAUCUCCUCAAAACACAGCCAGCAUGCCCACUUUGAAGGCCCAAGUCCCAGCACCAACAGCCCAAGCAGUCCAUCUGGGCACUCAGCCACUUCUCUCUUCUGUUAGCUCUGCCCCGUUUGGAGUGAACCAGGACAGGCUGCCCACUGACCUGGACGUUGACAUGUACAUGGAGAACCUUGAAUGUGAUGUGGAUUACAUAAUCAACAGUGACCUCAUGGAUGGAGAAGGACUGGACUUCAACUUUGAGCCCAUUCUGUCUACUCCCAGCUACCCCAACACCUCACAGGCCUCCAACCAUACUUGGGUACCAAGUUAACUUCAGGAAUACAAAAAGGUAGUGUCCUUCAGGUUUCUGAAUGUUGGGUCCUGACUUCACUUCCCACCCCUGGCAGAGUCUGAAAACACAGAGCGCACUGGACGCAGCUUCUCUGCACACCAUGCCGGGGGCAGACAGAACUGCUCACCUGGGAGGAAGGUGGCAAAUCUGGGCCUGGUUGCAAUAGGAAGAAAAAAUCCAGUUGUGUGCUGCGUCUCUUCCUACACACCCUGACGUGCCCCGGAUCUUCUGCAGAAGCCCCUGGGCUAUGCACAUUCGAAGAGGAGCUCUGGUGAAAAUCCCCAAGCUUGGCCAAAGGCUGUUAUGCCAGACAACAGCGUUAUCCAAUGGAAAGGGUUGGGUGUGUUGGAGGCUGCCUUAUCUCUGCCAUAGCAGCAGUUCGCCCAGUGCCUCUGGCUGUCAAAAGGGGCCUAUUCUGUCCCCACCUUGCCCUCUGGGAUGGAGUAGCUGGGCCCUUCCUUCAGCCACCAGCCUUGUGCUCGGUACUCCAGACUUCUAGAAGAAUUAGAAGGAGCCUCUUGGCAGAAGCCUGGUAGGAAUAGGGUGUUGGAUGGAUUGGGGUUUGAUUUCAAAGUACCCCACCGUUCUGCACCCAUCUGAAGGGAUGAGGGAGUGGCAGCCAGAGAGGCUUCCCUUUGCUCACCUAGGCAGAGGAGGAGGACCUACAGUUUAAUUUCACUGUGCCAACUGGGCCCCAUUGAAUGAGUAGCAUGUUCUAGAGAAGUCCUGUGCUGUUCUAAGCACUUUCCUGAUACAGCAGGCUGCUGGAAAAUAGUCACAGGUGCUGAUUGCUGUUGCUGGGACUCCAAAACAUCUUGGGAGGGUUUGUUUCUGGGCUGUCUUGCUACAGCAGAGAAAUGGGAAACCUGGGUGUGGCCUUAACAGAGCCCUGGUUGCUUUUCAGAAGGGCAUUUUCUAUAGAUGAAAUAUUUUUUUACUAAUCUAAGGGCUUUCUAUAUUGAAAGCCAGUGUAACCACAUGUCUCCAUUGGCGUACUGGGUAUCUCUCCCUCUAAGAAGGUGGUACCAAUGGCAGAUUUGCCUUUCAAAGCUGUGCUGAGAAUAAAUACACUUGACAUUCAAUUAUGUGUCUGAUUGGGGGAAGAACUGGCAGGCCCCCACAGUUUGAAACCAUGUGGGAAGGGGGUUGUACAUUUCUUGUAAUCUAUAUGUAAAACUAGCUGCAAAUUAAUUAGAAGCUUUUUCUAAACCUUUUAAAAUAUAUAUAUAUUUUUUAAAUUGAGAAACAAGAUUAUUGGAUUAAAACACACACUUGUUUUCUGCAACUUUAUCCUGUUGAUACCACAUGAACACUACAGUGAGGCUGGGAACAAGCCUGGGGUUAUGGGGUAUGAAUACAGUUGGGAAGGGGUGGGGGAGACACUUCGGAGUGCUUGGGGAAUAGCCACACUCUUCAAAUCAAAUGGGAGAGGUGUUUACAGAAAUCAGACUGCAGCAGAUCAGUCUCUGGCCAUGUGAUUGGACACUCCCACUAAGUAUCCCCUAACCUUGUGCUCUUGGCUAAUCAUUAACAGGGGAUAAGCUGGGUAUGUUAAGCCCUAGAGUAGCUGAUGCUUCAGAGGCUUAGGUUCCCUAACCUCUUACUUAAUGAGGGAGGCUGAACCAGGCCUGCUGACGUUCUGUGCUGCCUUCGUCCCCCACUAUUUUGAAGCCAGGAGUUCAGUCAGCUUUAGUAGCUGACAACCUGGUUGUCCUGGUUUCUAUAGUUUUUCCUUUUGUUACUGAAGUUUUUCUGCUACUACUUGCUAAUUCUAGUCCUGUAGGCAGUGCUGUAGGAGUCUGAUUGGGGUUCUGACCUGUGAACAGGUUUUGUCCCCAACCAGGACCUGAAGGGGCUAUGAGGGUCAGCUGGCAGUUUUCUUUCAGCCUUCGGGUGUUUGUGGUGGUAGGAUUUUGGGGAGGGGAUGAUUCUUUGCAGUGUUCUAUGGGAUUUGUUAAUGCAGAAAGUCUCCAGCAUUCUUUCUGCAGAUGGCAGAUGAGUCUUCUUGUGGAAGGUUUAUGUGGUGAGGUGCUGGGAGUUUAAGGUGACCAGACAUCCCGAUAAAAUUGGGACCAUCCCAAUAUUUGGGUGGUUGUCCCGCAUCCCGACCGAUCUUUGGUCGGAAUGCAAUUUUUUGCUCCGCUGGCAGCACUCGGCUUUUUCUUUUUUCUCUGCCGGCAGAUCCCUCCCCCCGCCCCCCAAUGUGUCCCGGUAUUUUCUUCAUCUCAUCUGGUCACCACCCUAUGGGAGUUUGUAUUGCUUGCUGCUUUCUCUGCAUGUUGUUUCAGGGUUUCACUAGAACUACUGGAGACCUGAACAUCGCUUAUCCCAUGCUUUGCUAAACUGGGGUACCACCAGUGAAAACAUUUAGCCAGAGUCAGUCAGUGCAAUUGAGAGAUGAUAGUCCUCCAAUCCCUUCCCACAAGCCCCGGGCACCAAUUGUGCACAUUGCCUCCAUAAAGAGCAGCGGCUGAUGGUCCGAUUAUUAGGGCAAGCUGGAUCCUUUCCUUUGGCACGUGACAGCAUACCAGCAUGGUUAAUGCCACAAGUGAGUUUUCCAGGCCUAGAUCACUUCCUCCUACAAUCCCCAGUGUGGGUAGAUACCCUGCGAAUGUGAGCAUAGAGCAGUGCAGUGAGCUGUGGCACUAUGAAUCUCAGGAUAGUGCCCACGUUGGCUGUAUUCCUUCACACGACCACAUAGGGCACCAGUGACACCACUGUGUGACACAGCGUGCUGACAUUGACAGUGUUGGUUAGGCUAUCGUGUUUUGUGUUGACUGACCCAUGAUGGCUUACGCUGUGGUUAGCCAACAGCGAAGACAGAGCCUAAAGGCGCAGGACUGUAAUGUUAGUUACCAGUACCUCAGACCUGCAAACCCAGUGCAAGCCAGAGCCGUCAGUGAGCAUAUCUGUGCGUUGUAAGCAGCAGCAUGUUAGUGACUAACACACUCAGUGCCUGUUACAGCCUGUGGGCCAUGGGUCUGUGCAUUGAUAUCGCACUCCUGGGAGCUAGGCAGUUAGGUGGCUUUUCUCACAACUGUGCACUUCCCUUGACCCAUUGUAGCUCUAGGAGCUGCAGUCAGGCCUAGUGAGAGUCGCUGGAAUUGCUGCCUCACUGGCUUCAAGAGAUGGAAUUUGUUGUAGCUGCUCCCUCUCCCUGCUGGACCCUUGCUGCACCAUCUCUCACUGGGAUACUCUCACAGAGCACUUAUUGCACUUAGGAUGGACUGAGACCUUUUCCUUAGGGAGUUAAAUGACAACUCAGAAGCAGACUCUAGGACUCACUGCUGCUGCCACCUCUUCCUGGUAUCUGGAAACUUAACUUCAGCCAGACUUUCCAUUGCUCCACCUAGGAGAUGGCCACAGCAGGAAGUGAGCAGUAAUGCUACAGCACAUCCUUAUACAGUUGCAUCAAGCAUAGGGCACAAGUGGUUUAUCUCUAAGCAUUUUGGCAGCCUUAUCUGCCAGGGGAAGAACAGGUGGUGGUGCUGGUGUCCUGCUGCUGGCUCUGGCCUGCAGCAGCAAACUACAAUGUUUGAGGUUAACACUCAGUUGCUCAUAGGUGUUAAGAAAGACAGUAUGGGAGACUUCCCAGUGCUGUGAGGAAUGGAGCCAAAAGCAACAGGGCUCAGUCUACUGUCAAGGUGGCAAAUCAGCCCUUCUCCUCUACAGGGCAGUGUGUGGUGGGUCUAGGGAAUGGAUGAGGGCAAGAGGAGGAAGAAUUUGGCAGUUGCGCCUGUUAUGCCCCUUCCCAAACUUCUGACUAGCUCUGUCCAUAAAUAUUGUGCUCCUCUAGCAUUUCCCCAAGUGCUAGUGGGUAACCUGUAGUGAAGCGUCCAGUCCUCAUUCGGAUGGAGGCCUGGUGGAGGAUUCCACAUGUAGAAUCACUUUACGUAGUGUGGGUGGGGGACAGCUGUGUUCUGAGGUGGCUGUCCUUCUGGACGCAUGCCUGAGAGAGUUAGUGGGGAGGGGUGCAGGGCUGUAAGCACAAGGCCCGAUACAGUAUGGUGCUGCGUGGUGUCCUCUCAGCCUUAUACACUAGUUGAGCUCAGGCCACACUUCGUUAUUCCAUUCCUGGAUUCAACUACAAUUGUUCAUAGCAUUGAGCUGCCCAGGGCCACGAAGGAUUCUGUGCACUAUCUGCCUGUGGAGCCAGCAUGAGGCAAAGCCAUUGCCUCUGUGUACAUCUGCGUUCAGCAGCCUCCUUGAGGCACUCUGCGGGUCUGUGAUACCUUCAAGUGGCCCUAGUCUUACUGUCACUAACAACUUUGAAUAGCCAAAGCUUAUUGGAACCCUUCACUCUCCCCUUUGUCAGGUUGUCCCUUCCUGCUACACUGUGUGUUUAAAUCUGCAAACAAACCUGACGAGAAACUAAAACAGAGGGAGGGUUCCAGAAACCAUGUGUAUCUUAUCAAUGAUGUGCAUACUAGAAGCACACAGCACUAAUCAGCUUUUCCAAAGGAAAUGCCUAGAAAGAUUUUAUUUAGGCCAUCAUUUUUUUUUUAAAUUUAGUUGCUUAUUUAUAGUCAGGCUCCAGGGCGGUAUUGCCCUCAGAAGCCCCUGUGCGUCACCGUGUAAGCCUGGGCGGGCCUCAGAAGGCAGAGGCACUCAUACCAGUGUGAUGCAGUUGCUCUGAAUGGGCCCUGCUCUGCAUGGCAGAGGACUGUCGUGAGCCUUGUUGGUUUAUUUCUGAUCAAAGUAAAGUGAGAGUUUGGAUCCAUCAUUUAAAGUUGUGGGACAUGAGCAUGAGGGAGGAUAGUUUGGGGUUCAGGUCUUCCCCCUACCCAAACUCCAUCUGAGGUAAGAAAAUGGAUUGGUUGUGAUUACAUUAAAAAACUUGAUGAUGAAAAUUAAAUCCUUGCUCUGCUGUGUAAGGUUACGUCUGUGCUUGCCAUGGCCUGUAGAGUACAGACACUGCACGCCCAGCUGGCAUGGAUAUAAAUAGCAGUGUGAAUGGUGAGUUUAGGCGACUAGAGUACCCUACACGUCUCUGCACACCUAAGCGGCGCCUCCCAUGUCUACAUUGCUGUUUUUAGCAGCGUAGUGUCCCGCUGCCUCACCACUGCAGGGAAAGGCUCUUGCGGGGAAGAGGCUGCUGGGAAAGUUCCAGGAGCUCCCCAUUGCCAAAGCUUUUCAUGUGCCAUGUAGCUACAUGUGUAAUGCCUGUACUCUGCACACUGCUGUAAUUGCAGACGGAGCCUAAAAGAUGGAUUUCCUGGAGAGGUCUGUCCUUGUGAUAAUCGGUCAGUGCAUGGAACCCACUGCCGCCACUGCUCUCCCCCUGCAGUAACUCGUUCUGUGGGAAAAGGGAUCCCUCUCAAAGCACCAAGCAAUUCAGUCCCUGUGCCAGGGUACAUCCUGAGGGAAGAAGCUCUGCAUGGGACAGUCUGAUUUAGUCAUUGUGUUGACAAAAAUGGGUGGUGUCAGUGACUGACUGUUCCACCCCUUGGUGCUGAGGUGAAAGGAGGGAGCCCAGGUGUAUAAGUGGCCAAGACGGUGAAGCAGCUCCUUGCAGAGCUGUGUUCAUGGUGGUCUUGUGAAGGCUGUUGACAGCAUGUUUCAUGGUUUGUAGCUUGAAGGGGAUGUUUGCAAUCAUCUGAGUGCUGUAUGGUGAAGUGCCAAGAGGGGGAGUUGGAUGCUUGGAGGAUGCAUCAGUUCUCCUGGAAGGAGACUUUCAUUAGGCUGCAGAGAUAGGAAAUCAUCCCAUGAUCUGCUCUUUCCAGGACAGUAUUGUAGAGUCACUCUCCACUCCCUCUAGACUAUGGCCCAGCCUCUUGCUCUCGUGGUGGGAUGCCUGCACCAACAUGCUAAGAGUGUCAGCCUAUUGCUCACAAGCAGGGUUUCUCUGUUGCUGGCACAGGCCCCUGUCCCCACAGCGUAGCAGCACCGGCUGGCAUAGGUUCCCACACCUGCCCCAGCUGCACUCUCGCUCACUCAUUUCUCAUGACGUUUUUUACUUUUAAAAUCUCUGCUUUUUGUUUGCUCUCCUUAGCAGUGUGAUUUCUGAACUAUUACAGGCUCUGUUACCAUCUGUGCUAAUGAGACUGUGUAGAAUGUGCUAGACUAGGGGGAAAGUUUGACAAAUAAAGAUCUGUAAUCCUUU